CAAUACUAUUAAUCUAUAGAUCUUAUAUCUGUGCUUCUAAAAUUCUAAAUUUUUUUACUUGUUACAGAUUUUUGAAGAAAAUAAUAAAAUAAAAACACGUUAACAAAAAGUCUCUUUAAAUGUGUUUGUAGAAUAGAGCGAGUAGAAUAUUUUCUAAACAUACUUUACACUAAACAGUACCCUAAAAAUAUUGUUUCCAGUGACAUAGUUUGACAAUUGAUAGUAUAUAGUUGACACUAGACAGCAGCUAACAGUUUUGCUUUCGAUUGGGCUUCGCCAGUUUAUUUAUAAUUCUAAGAACAAUGUUAUAAUUACUGAAUUAUUCAGUGAAAUAAUAUUUACAUUAUUGUCCUUCUGUAAUUUAAGAUGCCAUGUCAAUUUUGACUCUUUAAAUUUUCUAUUUAUCUGGAGGAUAAACUUUUGAAAUCGAAUUACUUGUAUGAACAUAUAACAAUGAAUAGUAAACAAAGUUCUACUGCAGCUCCUGAAAUCCUCAAAACACAGAUCGAAGACAAAUCUAACAAGGAUGCCGAGGACAUUGAUGACGAUAUAUCUGCCCGAAUGACUGCCUCAUACAGUGAGAUAUCUUUCCAUUCUGACAAUGGUCAAAGUGCUGAUGAACAAAAAAAAGAACCUGGCCCAUCUAGGCCGUAUGAUCUCCCUUCUGAAAAUCGUAAACAGGAAAAAAUUCCUCUAGAUGGCCACUUUCGCUAUGAAGGUGACAUGACACAUUAUGUUGCUGAUGAUUUAGAAUUUAAGAUCAAAAUCUCUAGCCCAGUAGCCAAACGUGGUGAAACUCCAGUAUUUGGUAGCUCAAGUGCAUCCAGAUCAAGCACUCCAUCUGGCAAACUAUAUAGGCAAAUAUUGGCCCCACAGAUUGGCCAAAUAGACAUAACAGUCUUAAAUGAUCUUGAAUAUGAAGCUCAAAAGAUUGCACAGUCUGUUGACAACUUAAUAGAAAAUUUAUCUAGCAUUUUACAUUCCAACUCCUCACUCACUGCAGAAAAUAUGGAAGUUUAUAGAGAUGCUGUGGGAAAAACCUGUGAUGCUAUGGACAAUAAUAUAAAAAGUAUGUAUACAAUCCUUGCAAAAGGUGAAGAGGUAUCUCAAGCUAUGGUCCCCGUACAAGCUCAAGCAGCAAGGAUAGCAGAAAUCAAGAGGCUUUUACAAGUCUUUGAAAGCUAUUUCUGAAUUCAUAAUGUUAACUUUGUGAAUAAUGUAUCUGAUUUAGCAUUUGAAGUGUCACAAGUGGUAUAUUUUAAGUAAGUUUCCACUGAAAGUCAUGGAGAUUCCAAUGUAAGAUUGUUUUACAGAACAUUGAGUGCUGUUGCCCACAGUUUUCUUUACACAACAUUAGUUUUUCACACGCUUCAAACUAUUUUCUCAAAGCCAUUUUUAAUUAAUAAUAUGCUCGUAAUAUGCUGGUUCAUUGAACAAUCAAAAUAGCACAGAUGUUGAAAAAAACAUCAGACACAAGAUAUUGGAUUUUCAAAUUGACAGUUGGAUUUAACUGAAUACAACAAGUCACCUGUUACUUCACCAAUUACUUGCCAGUAGGCUGUUCAAGGUUAUACCAUAUUACUUGAGGGCAAAAAUAUGACACUUAACUAUGUAGUUCGUGAAUAUUGUAAGAGAUGUGAUUUUUUGAUAGAUCAAACAGAAAACUAGUGAAAAGUGUUUGUUCUCAGGGCCUUAUUUAUUAAUAUAAAAUCAAUAUAAAAUA